UCGAUAUUCUUAUAAAAUAUAUUCUUAUAAAAAAAAAAGAGUGUAUUUCAUCUUUGCAAAUCUUGUGGAUUGAGUUUUUUGCAUUUGGAAGAAUGUCUGUGGUACUGCUUACAGACAGCGCAUUCAAGCUGAUAAGUUCCCUUCUUAUUUCUUUGAGCUCCACUGAGUCGUUGCAAUCAACAGUGAAUCAUACCAUCAUACUAUAGAAUAAAUGUCAUGCAUCAUCUAUGUGAUCGUGUAUAAUGUCGGCAUUGUCGCUCUUGAGGAAAGUUUUCAUCUUUGUCGGCUGAAAAACAACGAAAAUUCGAAACCGCAACGGGAAAAGAAAAUUGUUAGUCUAACCGUGGAGGGUCGCGUUUGUGGGAGUUUAAAAUUUUCUUUGGUUUGACGAUGCGGGGCGGGGGGAGAGAGUGAGAGAAGUAGAGGGAAAGAAGAGGGCCGGACGCGCUCUCUCAUCCCCCUUCCUUUUAAGGCCCUUUCACCCCCGAUGUUUUUUUUCUCUUGCUCACCUCUGUUUGUAUGUGCUACCCUAGCCUGCGUAGCUGGCGGGAUUUAGCGUGGGACUGCUGUAUUGUUUUGACGGCGGAGCCGCGAGAAGGGUGGGUAUACAAGUCAAUUUGAAGUUCCUCCCUCGCGGCUUCGCAAAAAAGUUUCCCGGGCACAAGAAUUAAUCCCGCCAACUACGCAGGCAAGUGCUACCCCCACUACCCGAACGUGCACCUGAAACUGCCUGUCAUAAAGCUCGUAUUCUUUGUUGACUACUGGGGGAAGCCAAACACGUAUGCUCUUUUCUUUGCUGGCCACCUAAAGCUCUUUUUCGUUAUAGACCACUGGGGAAACUAAUCACAAUAAACUUAGUCCAUAUUUCUCCUUUCAGAAUGGCCACCUCAGCUUACGAAGCCUCCUACAAAAAGUACUUUGGAGAUAGAUUUGAUAAAAUCACCAAAAACUCUUCAGAUGAAGAAAUUCGCAAUCUUUAUGAUAAGUGGGCAGCCGAUUAUGACAAGGUAUCAAUAAUAAUAGCUUGUUAAAUCAGGUUGGCUUGUUUUCUAGGGCGUCAAACGAGAGCCUAGUCUCCCUCGCAGCCGUUUUUUGGAUGUCACGCAACGCUCCCAUCCAAUAAACGGCUGCGAGGGAGACUAACGAGAGCCUUGCACGUCCCGUGUUUAUGCAACUUCCUUGAAGCAUUCCCUUUAACAAUAAUUCAAGUUAUCUAUAUAGAGUGUACUUUAAUGUCACAACCAAUCUCUUUCUAGAUUUCCAAUAAGAUUCGUCUAUAUUCACCUUCCCCCUACAUGUAGGCGGAAAACGACGAAAAAAAAAACAUACCCCUCGUAUUGUGCCCUCUCUGGCAUGGUUGUCGUGCCGGAACAAAAGCAAGAGAUUAUUCGCUCUUGGUAAAAGCUAUCAGUUAUAGCGUGAAGAUUACCUUAGAGAACACAAACUUGAAUGUUCAUUUAACUAAUGAUGGAAGUUUUCUUCUUUUAAUGGUAUGCCCGUGCAGGAAAAUGCUGCCGCUGGCGGGUGCUUCAAUAGGCCAGUCGCUGAAUGCUUGGACUCCGCCGUGCAUCAAGUCUUUCCCAGCGCACCGAAAAAUCAGCUGAAAAUCCUCGAUGCUGGAGCUGGGACAGGGCUGACAGGGUUCGAACUUCAUAAACUCGGCUACACUAAUAUUGACGCUCUAGAUAUCUCGCAAGAGAUGCUGAAGGUAGCUAAGGAGAAAGGCUUGUACAGGAGAUAUGUCUGCUGUUCUCUGACGGAAAAGAAGAUUGAUGAGUUUGAAACAGGCGAAUUUGAUGCUCUGAUUGCCACUGGUGUCCUAGUGAAAGCUCAUGUUCGUCCAGCGGCUUUUGUAGAAAUGAUUAGGAUGGUGAAGGCAGGUGAGUCUUGAUCCAGAACCACCCACCGUAAACAGUUGUCCCUUGCCAACGGAAGAAAUCAAUACCGCAGAUUGUUUUCGAUUGGUUUUGUCUAUGUCUUAGUCUGAAUAUUUGUACCCUAGCAGAAUCGACAGAAAGAGAGUGAAUAGAGAGCUUAACCAUAGCCUGCGAAAACAACCGUUUCUCCUCGCUCUUCGCCGCUGGGGACGGGGAAACGUCCCCAGCGGCGAAGAGCGAGGAGAAACGGAUGUUUUCGCAGGCUAGCUUAACCAUCGCGUUUACGUCAAACGGCAAAGGCGAAUUUACAUCAUGUGACCAAUUUCUCCUUUACUUGUCGUUUACUUUUCAUUAUUUCUAGAAAUAAAUUAGUAGUUUCUCGUAAUUUUUUAUCCAUAAGAAUGGUCUUAAACUGUCUUUAUCUGCUCAUUUUAAUUCUAAAAUUCUCAAUUUUAAUCUGACUUUUGCCGUUUGCCGUAUCCCCGUGAAGCUUAAACUCUCUAUUGUCGACAUGCGCCGGAACGCUAGCUACCUACCUAAUUCUCCUUACGUGAUUGUAGUUCAGCGAGUAGAAAAUAUUCUAUCAGACAUUUACACCUUUUAAUCCGUUUUAGAGGCUACUAACAAAAAGGUUGACUUUUUGACAAACUCUCAUCUCAGGAUCUCAGGUGUAAUUCUAGCUAGCCUGUUGACAAGCUCUGUGGACACCAACCGGAAGGCCCUGUCGCCAGCGUAACUAGCAGUUUUUUUGGAGAGUGCGCGCGUGAAGGAGCGGGGAAUAGAGAAAAGACGCGAGGGAGCUUAAGCAAAGACGUUUUUGAGCUAUGAAAGUCAACCGGAACUGGAUGUUUUUCCUUGGACAAUGGCUUUGCCCAAAUUUUCGGGCAAGUCGUGCGAAAGAGUAAAGACUACACCUAGUUAUACAACGCUGGGGGUGUCAAGGCGAAAAAGCCUAACUUCCGGUUUGGGUGCGUCGCUCAAGAAAACGUUUGCAGAACUCCCCAAUCGCGGCUUCUACGCUCGUCCACGCUCGUGCUGCCCCAAGAACUGCCAACUACGCAGGCUAUAUUGCCCUUCUUUCUAAUUUGAAUAUGCCCCUACUAUGAGCUAAGUUGCAAAAUAUAAAAUACAAAUUGCUUCUUUAUACCAAGUCUAACGUUAUUUUUAUCGUUGAUAGGUGGACUCAUCUGCUUUACCCUUCGGUUCAGUGAGGUAGAUGACUACCAACCGAAGAUGACGGAGCUAGAGGAAGCUAGAAUAUGGGAAAAACUCUGCCACAAGAAGAUCCCUCAUUUUGACAAACCUGACAUGCCCAGUCACCUCUUCGGCUUCGUGUAUAAAGUUUUAAAGAAAUGA